AUGUCCGACGCGUGGCGGUUCGCCGCCGACGUUGACGUCACCAAUCUCUUCGGUGGCGUCGAUAUGUCGAGUUCUCGGUCCGCGACUCAAGAGCGGAUCCCCGAGGGUGCGGCUAUUGCCCCCGGAAGCACAGUUCGGAUGUCCACCACGCCGCUCUCGCAGUGGUCCGGUCCUCAGCCCGUCCCCGCCUCGUACAGCGAGGCUCACGAAGCGGCGUCCAACGGAGAGACCGCGGCUCUCCAGCAGUUGAUUGAAGAUUUCCCGGUGGACCCUGCUCUGCUCUCACAGUCGUUUUCUGUGCAGACCCGAGACCCUGGCCUCGCUGCCGAAGUGUCGACCAUUCUCGCCAGGAAUAACCCGAGAGCGAGCUGCACCAGCAACAGCGCUGUGGUUCCGCCCGCACAUCGACUGCGCUCCCAUACUAUUGAAUAUGAGGAGGACGACGACCGGUCGGACAUAAUGAACGCUGGCCGUGGGCCCCCUUUCCAGCCGAGCGACGCCGACGACGAGGAGUGGGAGCCUGGCACAAGAAGACGCUCGGCGAUCGCCGGGCCUCCUUCCACCACUCCGACACGUAGGCGGGCUCGUGCCCCUGCUGCCACCACCCCGACACGUAGGCGGGUUCAGGCUCCUGCUGCUGCUCCUCGGAGACGGCGGAGUGCUGCCGUCGAACAGGCCGAUGGCGAGGUUCCGAAGAGGCGCCGCCCGGGAAGACCGAGGAAGGCGAGCAUCAUCGCGCGUCAAGAGGCUCAGGCCGCCGCCAUGGCUGCCGCACAGGCUGCCUCUACUGUUGUCGGUCAAAAUACCUCCACCGAGCCUCCGGCGGUUGACACGACCGCCAACAGCAUCCUUCCUUCUGGCCCGGCUCCCGCCACCGGCCCCGGUUCAACUGACGACACGCCUAAGCCGAAAAGAAAAUACAUCCGGCGAGCCCCCCGAAAGAAGGCCGGUGAGGGUGGUGAUGAGCCCGCCCCUGGCGCCACCCUGACCAGUACCUCUGCCGCUGCCGAUCAAACUGCCUCCAUUGAGCUCCCGGCAGUGAAUCCGGAUACCAAUCCCGUCCCUUCGUCAGGUUUGCCUCCCGCCCCAGUACCUGCUACAACCGGCGACGGGCCAAAGCCGGCGAAGAGAAAGUACAUCCGGCUGGCCCCGAGAAAAAAGGCCGGUGAGGGCGGUGACAAGCCCGCCGCCUUGGAAGAAGCCACCCAGACUGCACCCGCCGCUGCAGCUCCGACCAUCGCCCCCAAUACUGCAGACGAGAUCACUGUCGCGCUUCUUGCGGCAGUUGACGCUGCCUCCAACUCGGCCGCGAAUCCCAACCCCACGUCUGCUGCUGGCUUACCUCCCGUGGCCCCCGGAUCCGCCUUAGCAGUAGGCGGCGAGUCCCCGUCCAAGAGACCGUAUCGCCGACGCAAACGGGACAAUGACGAUGACGACAAGGAAUAUCGUCCUCGCGUCCGCAGAAAGAUCGAGCCAAAGCUCAAAAAGUACGAGGGGGAGGGCGACGAAGAAGAGGACGAGCGCCCCAAGCGAGAACCGCGCAAGACCGGCAAGGACGGCAACGAAACCAAGAAGCCCAGGAGACCGCGCCUUGGUCCCGACGGCAACCCGGCCCCGAGGCCCACCGGCCCGGGCAAAAGCUACUUCGCCCCGUCCGAGAUGAUGAUGCGCUCGAGCCUGGGGGAGGAGAUGACGCGCGCCGAGUUUGAGCAGCGCGUUCCGGUCAACGAGAGGACCUACAGGCCUGGCGGCAGAAUCGCGGGCGGAACGUGGGUCAUCAAUGACACGGGCGUCACGUGGGUAUUCCUGGGCGGCCCUCAGAAGCACCCCGAGAAGAAGCGCAGGCGGCAGCAGGGCGAGGGCAGUUCCGACGGGACCUCGCAGGCCAGCAGUUCCCAGACGGUGACUUCGUCUCAGGCGUCGACGGCGCCGACCGCGCCGAGUGAGGGCGGCACCACCUCCGUUGCGCAGGGCAGCAUCGCGCAAGAGUCGACCUCCGACUUGCCGAUCGACCCGGCGCUCACUGAAUAUUCAAAUGACUUGGUCGCUCUCAUCAACGCCGGAAUCGAGCGGUACAACGCGGCCAACCCCCCUGCCUCUUCGGAUGCUCUCACUGUUCCGUCGGCCCCCACGGCCCCCACGGGCGAAACUGGUCCGGCCCAGGCGUAUACCCAGUCCAUGUUCGCACCCGUCCAGCUUCCCAGCCAGGCGACUCAGCCCGCGCCCAUUGCAGCGCCCAGCAUCGUCCGCCCCAACGCGCCGAGGAGAAUCGUGAUCGCUUCGCACCCUAGAUUCUCGAACAGCGGCAGCACCCAGCCGCGCCCAACAACCAUGCGCCGCCCAGCCUCACGUUCUUCCCGUCCCGGCCCCAACCCGCGCAUCGCGGCCCAGGUGGCCGAGCUGGACGCGCGGUGCCGCGUGAUGAAUGCGCAGACCAGAGACCGGUUUGACUCGGACGAGGCCUUCCUCGCUCACGCCGAGUCCAUCAUGGGGCUGCUCUAUCCCCGCGGCAGGCCGACCGCUCCUGUCGUGCCGGCGCGUCCUCCCGGCGCGACUCUGAGGCUGGAUAUUAGGGGACCGCAGUACGAUCAGGUCGAUGUGAUUACCCGGCGUGAUCGUGAGAAUCACUAUGAAUAUGACGAUGAGGAGGAGGAGGAUUACUGA